AUGGAGCCCCGCGGCGCCGGCAACACGGCCUGCCCGCUGCCGCUACCGGCCACGGCGACACCCACGCCCCGCCCCGCCCCUUCCCUCUCCGGCCUAUACAGCUCGCGAGGGCUGUGCACCGAGUUGGCGCUGGUGGACAUGGCGGCGGAGAAGGUGCAGGGUGAAGUGCUGGAUUUGCAGCACGGCACCACCUUCAUCCGACGCGUCAAGGUCUACGGCAGCAAGGACUACUCCGUGACGGCCAAGUCGCGCAUCGCCAUCGUGACGGCGGGCGUGCGGCAGCAGAAGGACGAGACGCGGCUGUCGCUGGUGCAGCGGAACGCCGACGUCAUGAAGAGCAUCAUCCCGCAGCUCGUCAAGUACAGCCCCGACUGCGUGCUGCUCAUCGUCUCCAACCCGGUGGACAUCAUGACGUACGUGGCGUGGAAGCUGAGCGGGCUGCCGCGGAACCGCGUCAUCGGCUCGGGCACGUGCCUGGACUCGUCGCGGUUCCGCGUCUUCAUCGCCGAGCGCCUCAACGUGGCGCCGGACAGCGUGCACGGCUGGAUCAUCGGCGAGCACGGCGACAGCAGCGUGGCGGUGUGGUCGGGCGUGAACGUGGCUGGCGUGCGCCUUCGCGACCUCAACCCAAACAUCGGCACCGAGAACGACCCGGAGAAGUGGACCGACCUGCACACGCGGGUCAUCAGGAGUGCGUACGAGGUGAUCAACCUGAAGGGCUACACGUCGUGGGCUAUCGGGCUGUCGACUGCACACAUCGUGAAGGCCAUCCUGGGUAACACGCUGCAAGUGCUCCCGGUGUCCACCUACAUCAAGGGCUGCAAGCAUGGCAUGGACAAGGAGGUGUUCCUGUCGCUGCCCUGUGUGCUGGGAGAGAACGGCGUCACGCACAUCAUCAAACAGCCGCUCACCGACGAGGAGAAGGCCCUUCUGCAUAAGUCAGCCAACCUCAUGCACGAGAUCCAGAUGGGGAUCAAGUUCUAGUGGCCGCCAGG